AUGUCAGCUUGGAUUGGGGCCAGGGGAGCCGAGGGGCCGGGGGAGGAGGGUGCCGGAGGCGGGCGGGAGCGGGAGGCGCGGGAGGCGCGGGAGGCGCGGGAGGCGGGAGGCUGGAAGCGCUGGGCGCGCGGGAGGAGCCAGACGCCGGUCGCGGGGCGCGGAGCCGGGCCCUCCCGGGGGCCGCUCGGCCGCGGCGGGGGUCUGCGCUCGGCGUCCCGGCUCCGCGCUGCGCGCUCGGCGGCUGCGGCUGCCCAGGCGCCCGUGAGUCACGGUGCGUCACCGGAGCAGAUGCCCGGGGAGGCUGGAGGCUCCCCGGCUCCCGCUGACUCAUCAGAAAGCCCUGCUCCGCGGCCAGGGAGGCGGGGGGCGGGGCGGGGGAGCGGCCCGGGCCGGCGGCGCGGCCCGGGCCGGCGGCUGCCGAGGUCGUUUGAGGCGCUCCGAGGCGGAAAACCCCAAGAAGGCGGCUGCGGCGGGGGCGCUGGGGGUGCUCGGCGGGGAGCGGGGACGACUGGCAGCGACCGGGGCCACCUGCGGCGCGGGCUGGCGGACGCCCCGCUGUCGGGAGGAGGCGGUUCCGUGGCUCCAGCACUGGCCUCGGCGGCGCCCGAGGUCACGGGGUCCUACCCCUCCCUUUAAGACUUUGGGUCUGUCUGUGGGAAGAGACUGCGCCGGCAUCCAGGGACUCGACGCUCUCAUCCCCUGCCUCAGUCUUUCUACCCGUCCCUCCCCAGGGGAAGCUGCUCUGGUGCUGCGGACACCACGUGCUGGGUCAAGGCCUGGCCUCAGCUCUUUCCUGUCGCUGCCUGCUAACCACAAGCCC